UGUAGUGUUUCUCAGCUCAGCAGGUCUCGUCGGGACUCGUCACACCUGUUCUGUCACUAAGAGAGACGUCCCUCCGGGUCAGGUCUCAGGGGAAUUCUGCUGUUUCAUCAUUAGCACUAUAAGAGUCAGGGACAGUCGUCUGUAACUGCUACAAGACACAUCACUCUCCUCAGACUUUCAGAUUUAACCUCACUCUCAGUAACAGGACUCCUACAAUGCCUCAUCUUUUAGAGAAGGAUCAGGAUCCGGAUCCGGAUCAGCACCAGGAUCAAAUGGAUGCAGCGGGAUCUCGUUCCAGUCCCGAGAGAUUUUUGGGGCAGAAUUACGAAGAGCUGCACAGAGAUUUUGUUAAACAUAAAGCAAGAUUCCUUGAUGAUAAAUUUCCCCCAAAUGAGAGCUCCAUUGGUGAAGGCCUGCUGUCUGACAGUGAAAUGGCAAGAGUGGAGUGGAGAAGACCAACGAAAAUGGUGGCAGAUCCUCAUCUUGUUGUAGAUGGAGAGUCGAGGUUUGACCUUGCCCAGGGAGAGCUUGGAAACUGCUGGUUUCUGGCUGCAAUCGGUGCCAUUACGUUUCGGCGAGACAUUAUGGCUGAGAUCGUCCCUGAAGGCCAGUCGUUCAGAAGGGAUUACGCUGGAAUAUUUCAUUUUAGGUUCUGGAGGUUUGGGAAGUGGGUGGAUGUUGUGGUAGAUGAUAAAUUACCCACAAUCGAUGGACAGCUGAUCUUUGUUCACUGCAAAACUCGCAAUGAGUUCUGGCCCGCGCUGCUGGAGAAAGCCUACGCCAAAGUGUGUGGCUCCUAUGCAGAUCUUCAUGGUGGAUUUAUAUCUGAGGCUCUGUGCGAUUUCACUGGAGGGGUGUAUUUAACACUCAGACUGAAGGCAAAUCAUCCGGAGCACUGGGCUCUCCUGCACCGAGCAGCACAAUACAAAUCAUCUAUGGGCUGUGGAUCACACCCAGGGGCCACUUCUGCUAAUACUGAGCUUGCCAACGGUAUAGUGGAGGGUCACGCCUACGCCGUUACUGGAGUUACCAAGGUAACCAGUGAAGGGAAACCAGUUAAACUGGUGCGUCUCCUGAAUCCGUGGGGACAUAAAGAGUGGAACGGUGACUGGAGUGACAGAUCACCGCUGUGGGGAUCUGUUAAUGCCGAGGAACACAGAAAGCUGUUACAAAUGAAAGACGAUGGAGAGUUCUGGAUGUCAAUGGAGGAUUUCUGCAAAAACUUUUCUAAUGUGGAUAUCUGCUGUCAGAGUCCAGCGUUUCUCGAUGGAUCGUCAGAAAGCAGCUGGACGACGGCAAGCUAUCAAGGCCGGUGGGACGAGAAGACAGCCGGGGGAUCCAUGGAGUACAAACAGAGUUUCUGGAUGAACCCUCAGUAUCGGGUGAAGAUUCCUGCGAUAGAGACGGACAAGACCAAAGCACAUGAGUUUAACCUGCUGGUGUCUCUCAUGCAGAAACCCAACAGCAGACACAGACGUCACAUCCAAAACCAUCCCUUUGGGUUCAGCGUGUUUGCGGUUCCUCCAGAGCUAGAGGAUAAGAAAUCGUUUCCUGCCACAUUCUUCACCUCCAGCGUUCUAGUGGCCCAGUCCAAGAUCCAAUCAAACACCAGGGAGGUUGUGGAGUAUCUGAGACUGAAACCUGGACACUACCUCAUCGUACCGUUCACCCACAAACCCAAAGACACCGCCUCCUUCCUCCUCACACUACACUCAAAGAUUAAACCCCACUGACAAUGUGACGGUGAAAAAAGACGUAGCAAAAGGAUCACAACAGGGCAAAACCUCACAUCUCUGCCUAUAUGUUGUGUUAUUUUUGGAUAAUUUGAAUUGGAUUGUAUAAUAUUUCUUUAAUCUUUGUGCACAGGAAAUACAUUGUUUAGAAAUGAA